AUGGGGCAAUCUGUCCAACAAGUCGUGCCAUUACCGGUUUACAUCGACGCAUGUCCAGUCAUCCAUACUGUUGUUCCACCUGCUGCCUAUGCUAGGCAUAUUCCUCACUAUGAAGAUCAACAUCACAUGUAUCAGACUGUCGACUCAACUGUUACUGGUGACGAAGUAAGUUUUGAGGAUUUCAGAGAAGUAAAGGAGGACAUGCAGCUCCUUGAGAAGAAGUUCCGAGAUUUAGAAGGAGACCACGUCUUUGGAUCUGCCGCCAAAGAAAUGUGCCUUGUAUCUGGGUUGGUGAUUCCGGCCAAAUUCAAAACUCUAGACUUCGACAAAUACAAGGGGAAUACUUGUCCAAAGAGCCAUCUCAUCAUGUAUUACCGAAAAAUGGCUGCACACGUGGAGGACGACAAGCUGAUGAUCCAUUGUUUUCAAGAUAGCUUGAGCGGGGCUCCUUCCAAAUGGUAUCUAAGUCUGGAUCAGAAUAGGAUCAAGUGUUUCCAAGACCUGUCAGACGCGUUCAUAAAACAUUACAAAUACAAUAUGGACAUGGCGCAUGACAGAAGACAGUUGCAGAGCAUGUCCCAGCAUGACAAGGAGUCCUUCAAGGAAUAUGCUCAGAGAUGGAGGGAGAUGGCUUCUCAGGUUGAACCACCUCUUGCUGAAAAGGAAUUGGCCGUACUAUUCUCCGAGCUUGUGGCUAUAGGAGCUCGCAUUGAAUAUGGUGUAAGAAAUGGCAAACUGGCAGCUGUAGCUGAAACUUCAAAUGCUAAUCAAAAGAAGUUCUCUGGAGGGUUUCCUAGAAAGAAGGAAGGGGAAACAAAUGUUGUGACUGUUGGUUAA